AGUUUAUCUGCGUAUAAGUCUGUAAUAGAUACGAGAGGAUACUAGGGGAGUAAUGAGUUAGGUAGGUGACUGUCAGUUGUAUCGGAGUUCCGUGUCAUCGACGAACGUUGCUACAUACGAUUAUCAUGUCACGUUCCAUGUUAUUGCUGAUCCUGGUGGGUAUUUUAUUGCUCAAUUGCCAAGAAACACUUGGCCGAAGAGGACGGGGAAGAAACAGAAGCAAAUCUCGUGUGCAGAUUGGAUUGCCUAUUACCGGAAAGUACCGUGAUCCGGAAAGUGAUCAGUAUUACAAUAAUAACAACGGAGCCAAGAUACUGCUAGCAUCGCACUUCGAUCUGGAAUAUGUUUUGGGACACAAGAUAGCUUUCCUCUGUGUUGCUCGUGGUAAUCCACGUCCGCACAUCACAUGGUUCAAGGAUGGCGCCGAGAUUUACACACAUCAUUAUCUACAUAUACACGAGUGGCAAGUUGAUACUGACAAAGUGAAGUCAAAACUCGAGAUUGAUCCCGCCACUCAAAUGGAUGCCGGGGUUUACGAGUGCACGGCGGACAACAUGUACAGCAUCGAUCGAAGGUCUUUCAAGACUGAUUUCUCCAUCGCUUUCGAUUAGUGCGAGAGAUCCGAAAUAAACAUAUAAACUAGGUAAAAUAUGUAAAUUCCAGGUAACGUGUAAAGUUUUUGCCAUAGAUAUUACGAAGCGAUAGAUUCUAAGAAAAAAAAACGGUUCAGGACGAUAUAUAUUUUUAUUGUAACUUAUACUGAAAUGGAAAACUAUAAAUCGUCCUGAUAAAAAA